AUGCAUACUUUUGAUAUGAUUCCUGAAGCAUCUUUGAAGAAUCCUGAAUUCUGCAGCAGCUACCUUUGGAAACUUGUGGACCAGAAAAUGGAGAAUCAAGAGAAGACCGCUCCUUUUAUAGCUGCCCCAAAUGAGAACAUCGCAAAGAGCAGCAGGAUACCCCGGGGGACUCCAGGGGCUGCGGCGGGACUAGGUCUGCGGAAAGCAGUCUUCCUCUCUGUCCUCUGCGCUCUGCGUGCUGCCCGGCCGCCUGCGGAGCCUGGGAGCCACAGCAGCCCAGGACAACCCGCGCGCGGGCGGAAGUGCCGGGCGUGGCCGCGAGGGGGCGCGCCGGCCUCGGGUACCGCGCCUCGCUCAGCCCGCGGGAAGCUGCCCCCCAACAGCUGUCUCGGGAAAGGGUGCCCCUGGGCCCGCCAGCUCGGUCCCCUGUCCCGAGAGCCGCGCAGCCCCUCGUCGCCCUUGGCUGCCCCUUCCCCGGGUGCCAAGGUUCGGAUCGUGCACAUCCCCCGCCCUCGGCCUCCGCAUCCCAGGGCCAAGGCGAACCCAGAAAGUGGCCUUGUUGGGGUCCGGAAGGGAGACAGAUCCGGGCAAGUAGACGAAGCGUGGAGGCAGCCGCUGACACCGAGUCCGCGGUCGUGGUGCUGCUGGCUUGGGAUGGGGCGCCCUUGGAUGGGGCGGCGGUGGUCAGGACCCAGAGGACACACUUGGAAUCCAGCCACCAGGUUGUACAGAAGCUCCAGAAUCCCCAAGGAGAAGAUAUGUGAGUGUUGUGAAAGACAGGUGAUGUUCAGCCACCAGACAAGAACCGCUAUCAGGCACGCAAGAGAGGCUUCAAGCAACAUAUCAAGUUCCUGCUGGUCAUCUCAAACACUUGUCAUCCACACAAGAAGAACAUGGCCUGGUAGUCACUUCUGUGCCAGCCUCAGUCCCAGAAUGAGGAUACAUCACAGCCCUUGCCCAGACCAGAAGCCUGAGGCCACCUGGGACAAACUGAGUCGCAGGCAUGCCACAGCCAAUCCACAUACCAGUGUUUCUCACUAUGAGCCACUCAGAGCUUGA